ACGGACUGCUCUCCAGAGGGAACGCGUGCGUGAAAGAAGUCAUGUGAUCACAGGGGCGCCCAGUGAGAAGGCGGCUUACGAGUAGCCUAAUAGAAAGCACUUUUCCUGCGACCCGGACGGUGAGCGGAGGCAGCUGAAGUUGCUGCGGCCAUGGCUCCGUUACGCUACUGUGUCCCUGGAGAGCGACUCUGCAGCUUAGAGGAAGGAACAUCUGGGAGUGGCACCUACACACGUCAUGGGUCUAUCUUUUCCUCUUUGGCUGGCUGUCUCAUGAAGAAAACGGAAAAUGGCAUGCUCCCCGUGAUCUCUGUGAUGAGAGAUGCAGAGUCGCAGCUUCUGCCUGAUGUGGGAGCCACAGUAACAUGCAAGGUUUGCAGCAUUAACUCUCGUUUUGUGAAAGUGCAUAUCUUGUAUGUUGGCUCUACACCACUAAAGUCUCCAUUCCGUGGAACAAUACGAAGAGAAGAUAUUCGAGCUACAGAGAAAGACAAGGUAGAAGUUUACAAGAGCUUCCGACCAGGAGACAUUGUUUUGGCCAAAGUUAUCUCUUUAGGGGAUGCACAGUCAAAUUACUUGCUCACCACAGCAGAAAAUGAGCUAGGGGUAGUGGUGGCUCACAGUGAAGCAGGUGUACAGAUGGUGCCAAUCAGCUGGUGUGAAAUGCAGUGCCCCAGCACACAUGGCAAGGAGAUGCGCAAGGUAGCCCGGGUACAGCCCCAGUUUCUACAGACAUAGUGAACAAUGCAUAUGCCAAGAUGCACAGCUAGUACAGGAAAGGUCUGGCUGUGGACAGAGCUAAAGGGACUUAAUACUGCCUUUCAGUGCUGCUGCUGUGAAUGAGCCUCACGAGUGUGCAAGAUAGAGCUGGGCCUAAAGAAACAUAUACUCCACUUUCUGAAAUAGUCUGAGGAAGAGCCCCACAGCCUCAUUUUCCAAUUUUUCAUGCCAAUCGCACUGUCUUUUUUCUAAAAUAAAUGCACUAUUUUCUGUA